AGGCAGCAACCCACACGCCGCCGCCUCCUUUGCCUCCUUGACGACCCCCCCGACGACCUCCUUGACGACCUCCCCGACGAGGCCCGCCUCGCGGCCGGCCCCCACAUGCUCACCCUCGGGAACACCCCGCGGAUCGGGUCUGAGAUCUAGUCCUCGGUCAGGGGCGGGUGCCUAAACCACAAGCAAGAUCUAACAAAGUACAUGUCGUACGAAGUCGUAGGGGUGUGCUCCUCCUCCGACGUAUUCGCUCAAAUACUAAUGCUAAAAGGUUGCGAGCCCCUCCCCCGGCGCCGGUGCCACCCACCUCAGCCUAAAAACUACGCAGAGCCUCGGUCCCUGCCGGGUCCAUGUGGGCCACCCGACACAAGCAUCGUGUGGGACCUGUACACGUGUAAAAACUACACGUGCCUAAUAGAGAGAAAAAAAUUCCCGGGCUCCUACGACUGCAAAGCCUGCUUCGAUUUACAAGGAAGGGAAAAACAGAGAUGGCAAUACGACAACGGCGGGCUAGACUUCGGGAUGGAGCAAGUCCUCGCAACGAAGGCGCCCAGGAGCGUGAGGAUCGGGCUGGACAUCGGGGGAGGGUCGGGGACCUUCGCUGCGAGGAUGAGGGAGAGGAACGUGAUGAUCAUCACGACGUCGAUGAACUUCGAUGGGCCGUUCAAUAGCUUCAUUGCAUCGAGGGGGCUGAUCCCGAUGCACGUGAGCAUCUCGCAGAGGUUUCCGUUCUUCGAGAACACAUUGGAUAUUGUCCAUUCGAUGCACGUGCUGAGCAACUGGAUCCCGGAUCCGAUGCUGGAGUUUGCUCUGUAUGACAUAUACAGAGUGCUGAGGCCGGGCAGGCUGUUCUGGCUCGACCGGUUUUUCUGCGUCGGGUGGCAGCUUAACGAGACGUACGUGCCUAUGUUCGACCGGGUCGGGUUUAAGAAUUUGAGGUGGAACACCGGGAUGAAGCUGGAUCGAGGCAUUCAGAAGAAUGAGUGGUACUUCUCUGCUCUCUUGGAGAAGCCUAUCAUCACCUGAGAUGGCUUAUUUACAUGCAUACAUACCUACUAACAUCCAAAGUAUACUUAU